CACAGAGGAAGAAGUGGGGAAUUUGGACACUUUAUAGAGACAGGUAGUCCUAUGUGUGACAUGAGGAUGUCACUCCAGCCUCAGGUGUUUGCCGUGGCCCUGGUCUUGAUCUUCUCCAGCCCCUAUUCCAGCAUGGGGUCCCCGCAAGGUGGACCAGGGUUUGAUGAUGGGAUUUUUGACUUGGAAAACUACGAUGACUGGGACAGCCUGGACCUAAACGGCUUUGGAGACAACUAUGACUAUGAUGACCUGGAUGGAGAGAUUGAGGUAGGCAUGGUGGUGCAGCCCACACCAGAGCCUGCCAACACAGCUAAUGAGCACCUGGCUGAGUUCAAGAUGGAAGUGACUCCUCCCCCCGCACCUGUAACCUUAGACUUCAAGGGACCAGACCUUUUUGGCCCCGAGACCAGCCUGGGUAUGCCUACAUGCUUGCUGUGUGUGUGCAUUAGUGGGAGUAUAUACUGUGAUGACUCCAACCUGGAGCAGAUACCUCCUCUGCCCAAAGACACCACUCAUUUCUAUGCACGCUUCAACAAGAUUCGGCACGUCAAGAACACCGACUUCAUCAACCUCAACAAACUGAAAUACAUCGAUCUAACAGCGAACCAGAUUGCAGGAAUGGAUGAGGAUGUGUUUCACAACCUGCCACACCUCCAGGACUUAAUAUUGGCUAAUAAUCAGCUGCAGGCCCUGCCUGAGCUACCGAUCAAUGUAAGGUACAUCGAUGUACGCAGCAACAAGCUGAUCAGUGCUGGGAUACACCCCGAUGCAUUCAAGGAUUUGAGCCAACUGGAAUUCCUCUACCUGUCCAAAAAUCAUCUGCAUUCCAUCCCUGCACCGCUGCCUGACAGCCUGAGAGUGUUACACCUGCAGAACAACGACAUCCAGAGUCUCCACGAGGACACCUUCUGUAACCGCCACGAUCGUAACUACAUAAGGCGCAACCUGGAGGACAUCCGCCUGGACGCCAACCCCCUGAACAUCAACCUGUUUGCCCACGCCUACGUCUGCUUGCUGCGCCUGCCUGUAGGCGGCCGUUGA